AUGCAUUCCUGUUCCCAACGUAUACUUGAAAUCACCUCCAUGGGGGUAUCGGCGGUUCUCGUUGGGGUUCUCGUUAUUGUCGCCACCAGUUUUAUUCCUCUCAUGCACCAAUCACCACCGCCUGCUUCUAUGCCUGUGAUCUCCACCUUCAAUAUGUCCAUCUCACCAUUGAUGCAAUUACCUGUUCCUAUCAUGUAUGCACAAGAUAUGGAUCCACCGCCAUUACGGGAUCGUAUUCAUCCUUCCUUUACCAUUAGAGCAGACUUUACUCCUGCAUGGGAUUGGAAUACAAAAGCUAUUUAUGUUUCCUUUAUUGCCCGUUAUCGCACCCGUCAUCAUGUGUUGAAUGAAGUUACUUUGCUGGAUACGAUAUUGCGUAGCCGUGAGGAGGCGGGGCAUUAUAAUCUUGAAAACGCUAUUAAGUAUCCAUUAGAAGAUGCAGGAGUAGAUACACUUGCGGGUGUUGUGGUGAAUGUUGUGAUGCGAUAUCAGGUGUUGCGGUACUUUGGAUAUUCGCCGGUGUAUGAGAUCUCACCAUCGGGAAAAGGAGAGGCGGUGGCAUUUCAGCUCCCAAGAUCAUAUACACAAGUGCAGCGUCGUCAACAGUAA